GAAGGACGAGGUGGGAGAAAGGUAUUCGGGAGCAAGGCAUUAGGGGCUCCCGCAAACACCUGAAAAACCAGAAGUACCAGACUCCAGCGCCAGACAGGGGCCACUGACUCCAGGGCAGGGACGCUGUCCCAGCCACACUGCAAUCAUGACAUCGGAAAAGUCAGGCCUCCCGGACUCAGUUCCACACACUUCUCCACCUCCAUACAAUGCUCCCCAGCCCCCUGCCGAACCUCCCGCCCCGCCCCCACAGGCAGCCCCCUCCUCGCACCAUCACCAUCACCACCACUACCACCAGUCUGGCACCGCCACCCUCCCGCGCUUAGGCGCAGGCGGCCUGGCCUCUUCCUCGGCCACAGCUCAACGCGGUCCCUCGUCCUCAGCCACACUACCCCGGCCCCCCCAUCACGCCCCGCCUGGUCCGGCCGCCGGGGCUCCCCCACCCGGCUGCGCUACCUUGCCCCGCAUGCCACCCGACCCUUACCUGCAGGAGACUCGCUUCGAGGGCCCACUUCCCCCGCCUCCGCCCGCCGCCGCUGCCCCACCCCCGCCGGCGCCUGCACCGACUGCUCAGGCUCCCGGCUUCGUGGUGCCCACGCACGCGGGGGCGGUGGGCACUUUGCCGCUGGGGGGCUACGUAGCGCCCGGCUACCCACUGCAGCUGCAGCCCUGUACUGCUUACGUGCCGGUCUAUCCGGUGGGCACGCCUUAUGCAGGCGGGACCCCAGGGGGAACUGGAGUGACCUCCACUCUCCCCCCGCCGCCCCAAGGCCCAGGGCUGGCCCUGCUGGAGCCGAGGCGCCCGCCACACGACUAUAUGCCCAUUGCAGUGCUGACCACCAUCUGCUGCUUCUGGCCUACGGGCAUCAUCGCCAUCUUCAAGGCAGUGCAGGUGCGCACGGCCUUGGCCCGCGGAGACAUGGUGUCUGCGGAGAUCGCUUCACGCGAGGCUCGGAACUUCUCCUUCAUCUCCCUGGCGGUGGGCAUCGCAGCCAUGGUGCUCUGUACUAUCCUCACCGUAGUCAUCAUCAUUGCCGCACAGCACCACGAAAACUACUGGGAUCCCUAAAAACUCCCUCUGCCCAGCCCCACUCUGCGCCCCUCAACCUCCCAGACUCGUUCUGCAGUCAAGCUGCGGACCCAAUAGGCGUCCCGCACACCCGCCUCUGGGGCAGCCGGACUUCCAAACAUCCUAAACUCCGCCUCCACGGAAUCUCUGGCCUUGCGAGCACGCUCCUAAUCCAGUUCCUCAGGAACCCCUACAAAACCCACAACCCCAGGGACGCUGCUUCCCGGGAUCCCUGCUACAAGUCGGGCUCCAAUACCCCAUCCCAUCAAAGUGCAGCGCCCCCAGCCGUGCUCCCAGUGCUCCCCAGCCUGGAAUCUUGUCUCCAAAGUCCCACCUCCUUUAUAGGCUCCACCCCAGCUCUGGCAAAACCCCGCCUUCAGGUCGGCAGGCUCCGCCUUCUUUUCCGUCUCUACGGGGCGAUUCAGUCAGGUGAUUGGGUUUGUGGCUUUAGGCCUAGCCCACUGACAAACAGACUCUUCCCCUUUUUCAGGCCAGAGGGCUGCGACCCGGGAUAGCCACGCCCCCACGCUCUCUCCCAAUUUUUGCCAGUACAGUUUCGUUCUCCUCCACUUGAUUCUCUUCAUAUUUUCCCCCAAAUUCCAGAACUCUCCUUUAGUGAUUUUUGGAAUGUGAUUUGGGAGAUUUCUGGUUUAGGACCCUUCACCCAGAAGAAAAGCACCCAUUCUCUGUAAAUACUCCAUUCCACUCAUCUUAUUCCUGGGCAGCCGGGCUGAAGGGAAUCCCAGGAUAAGAACCUCCCAAUCCUGGGAGGACUCCGGCCCCCCUCCU